UUAAAAAAAGAAGUGUAUGACAUAAUUAGUUGUCACAGUAGCCGCCGUAGCAUUAUAUCAAUUAAUUGUAAUUAAUAAAAUUCUUUUUAUCCGCCAUAAUGGCCCUCGCAUUGCCAAUGGAGUCCAAUCCAGACACGAUGAAUAAAUAUUUGCUGAAGUUGGGUGUUUCUGAUCAAUGGCGUAUGGUUGAUGUAAUUGGUUUGGAAGGCGAUGCACUGGGUUGGGUACCGCGUCCUGUGCUUGCUGUUAUUUUACUUUUUCCUCUGUCGGAAACCUAUGAACAGCUAAGGCGUCAAGAAGAAAGCAACCUGGUGAACAAAGAAAUCCCUAAAGAUGUAUUCCAUUUGCGACAAGUUCUAAGCAACGUAUGUGGUACCAUUGCAUUGGUCCAUAGCGUAGCAAACAAUAUACAUCGUAUUGAUUUGAAGGAUGGAUUACUGAAGAAGUAUCUAAGUGAAGCCGAAGGUCUAGAUGCAGCAGCUAAAGGAGCAUUGCUUGAGAAUUCUACUGCAAUUCUUAACGCUUAUAAAGAAAUUGUUCAUACAGAAUCAGCUGUAACUGAAGAUUCCAAUGAGAUGCCGAGCAAUCAUUUCGUGACCUUCAUCCACAAGGACGGUACGCUCUUCGAAUUAGAUGGAUGUAAAUCUUUUCCUAUAAAUCAUGGUCCGACGACCUCCGAGACUCUUCUAGAGGAUGCUGCAAAAGUUUGUCGCGAAUUCAUUGCUAGAGAACCAAAUAAUCUUGGCUUUAACGUUGUUGCUCUCGUGUCUUCUCAGUAAAUUUAUUUGUCAU